ACAAUGGGUAAGACAAAGACUAGACCUUGCAUGAUACAAAAGUGGAGACACAAGUAACAAGUACCCGUAGCUUUUAUUGCUAUAUUGUGAUCACGGGUUAUAUUAUAUCCCACAUAACACCAAAUCCCACAGCACAAAUUCUCCCCCAUCAUAACAAUAAUAAGGAAAAACCCACACUAGUGCAGCAGCAGCAAAAACACAUAUACCCUCUCUCUCUCUCUCUCUCUCUCUCUCUCUCUGAUGGAAAAUUACGACAAUGGUUCUCCUCCAGCUUCGAAGAAUCACAGCCACAACCAUAGCCAGCAUGAGUUGUCGGAACACCAUGAAAUAAUACCAUCUUCAUCACUUGUAAUAAUACUCAUCCCGGUAAUCAUUGUUAUAUUGCUAUUCGCAAUCCUGUUAUUGGCAUUGAUGCUCCGUCGCCUACAGUUCUCAAGAAGCAACACCGCAAACAGGAUAAGCAGCAUUUCCUCAUCAUCCACUAAUAAUAAUAAAAAUGUCGUAAACAACAGCAAUUGCAUGUUCAUCGCUCACAGCACAAUCAACAUCGCUUCUGAAGCAAGCUGCCUUUACGGGACAACAACAACAACAACCAACACACCGCACCAUAAUCAUUUCCAAGUCCAAGUUUUUAGUCUCAAAGAAAUCGAAAUCGCCACUAGUAAAUUCAGUGAGCGAAAUGUGCUAGUAAAUGGUGUGUACAGAGGUGUGCUCAGGGACGGCACUUCGGCCGCCAUUAAAACACUGCCCGCACAAGGCAGAUCCGCCGAACGUGCCUUUCGCUCCCAGGUAGAUUUAUUGAGCCGGUUGAGGUCUCCGUAUAUAUCGCAAUUCUUGGGUUACUGCGCGGACCAACAUCACAGAUCACUUGUGUUUGAGUACAUGCCGAACGGUUCUCUUGAGAAGCAUCUCCACCGAUGCGGGACCGCGUUGAAUUGGGGUAUUCGUAUGAAGAUAGCACUCGAUUGUGCUAGAGCAUUGGAAUACCUACACGAGCACAUAAACCCGUCCAUCAUUCAUCGCAAUAUCAAAUGCAGCAACAUUCUCUUGGAUCUAAACUUCAGACCUAAACUCUCUGGAUUUGGGUUGGCCAAAAUCGGAUCGGACAAACUCAACGGCCUCAUCUCAACACGAGUUUUAGGAACAACCGGAUAUUUGGCGCCAGAGUACGCAUCAACAGGAAAGCUUACAACAAAGUCGGAUGUAUACAGUUACGGUGUGAUUCUGUUAGAGCUUUUGACAGGGCGUGUGCCUAUUGAUACGAGUCGUCCACCUGGAGAGCAUGUCCUUGUUUCAUGGGCACUUCCACGUUUGACAAACAGAGAAAAAGUGAUAGAAAUGAUAGAUCCAGCGCUCGAGGGACACUACUCCAACAAGGAUCUUAUUCAAGUUGCAGCUAUAGCUGCAAUGUGCGUACAAACGGAAGCUGAUUACAGACCGUUGAUAACGGACGUGGUACAGUCUUUGAUGCCAUUGGUUAAGAGUUAUAACACAAUGCCGCCAUCUCCAUCCACUUCACUCAGAUCUUUUACUCACACUCCAAGCCCCAUCAACACCUCAAACAUUCGUUAAAGAUCGAUUUGCAACCAGACUACUGCACGCUGUUCGAUAUCAUGCAUAGACAUACAAAUACAUACACAAGUGAUGAUUAGUCAUUCUUCAUCUUCCGUUUCAAUAAAUAUUGCGCCAUAUAUAUAUAUUUUUUAGAAGCGCUCUCUGCUAAUUUACUUGGAAGGUCGACAAGCGGAUUGCUUUCUUGAUUUCUUGUGUGAUUUUUUUGAAUUUUUGUUAAAUUCUACAUCUUGUUGUGCAAAUAAUCUUAAUGAAGUGAGAUCAUAUUUAAUUUUUGUUUUAUUAA